GGGGCCGGCCGGGCAUCCCGCCAGAGAGCGGCCAGCAGCGAAGGAGGGAGCAAGGAAGGCGGGCAGCGGCUUCUCCCCGGGCGACGCUGGUGCCUGUGCUUCCUGGGAAAGAGGAGAAGGAGAGGAAGCCCAGCCUUUGGGGGGCCGCGCCUUGGGAAGGCAGAGAGACUCCUCACUCGAGCACCCGUUUGGCCAAGGACUGGGAGGCUUUGCCUUGACACUGUGAAGGUCCACCAUGUCUGAUAGGAAGGCUGUGAUCAAAAAUGCGGACAUGUCUGAAGAUAUGCAGCAGGAUGCUGUCGAUUGUGCCACGCAGGCAAUGGAAAAGUACAACAUAGAGAAGGACAUUGCAGCAUAUAUCAAAAAGGAAUUUGACAAGAAAUACAACCCCACCUGGCACUGCAUCGUGGGCAGGAAUUUUGGCAGCUAUGUAACGCACGAGACGAAGCAUUUCAUCUAUUUCUACUUGGGCCAGGUUGCGAUCCUGCUCUUUAAGUCGGGCUAGGAGGCAGGUGACAUCGGUGGAUGAGGGACACGGCGGAUGCGGGACACGGACUGUAGUGCACUGAAGAAGGUGGGGGCCCGGCCCCCUUCGCCAUGGCUGUGCCGCUGCAUGGACUGUAUACUAUAUUAAAUGUGUAUAUGUUGCAGUAAAAAAACACCUAAAGUUCUGUUCAUAUUUUUUGUUGUUGCCUGGGAGAAGAAAGGCAGCAAAUCCUUUUUUUUUUCUCCCCACCCUUUUUAUUUGUUUUUGGGUUCUUGUUCUGUUUUCUUUUUUAUUUCUGUUCCUUUGCACUAGGAGAACUGUAAAAUGCUUCAUCCAUGGCCUUUAAGUGGGAAAAAAGAAAUAAUAAUGAUCAUGACAAAUAAUAAAUAAUAAAAAAAGAGAACCUUUAAAUUCCACAAAAGAAAUCCUUUGGUUUGAACUUCCUUGGAAAAUCGUCAAAAUAACAAAGGGGAAUCAAUUGGGGAGGGGCAUUUGAAUUUGAGUAAGGUGCCCAAAGUUUUAUUCUUUCUAGUCUUCCUCUCCAAAAAAACCGCUGCAUGAAUCGAAAUGAGACGACAUCCUGGAUGUUGUCGGCCCAAAUUCUCCCCACCGUUUUUUGCAGAUCUGAAAAGCGAAGCUUUGUGAUUUAGUCCUGAGCUAGAAUUUAUUUAAAGCGUGUUUCCAAAGCGGUUGUCGGUCCAGUCUUGCCUUGCCUCUUGAGUUUUAGGAGCGUUUUUGCUGGGCCUUCGUGAUCUGGCUUCUUUCCCACUCUUGUCCCUCUUUCGAGUCAGCGUUGCCUUAUUGUGACUCGCUUUCUAUUUUCCCCGUCAUGUGGGGGAAUUCCUGUCCAAACCCAGUGGCUUGGUGUCGCUGUUGCUGUGUUCGGUCUGUCUGUCUGUACUGAAGACCAUCAUCUCUAAAGGCGGGAUUUUUUUUGAUGAUUUUUUUCUUUCUCCCUUCCCGAUGCUUAAGACGAAUCUUCAGAAGCAGAUGCAGAAUUAUAACAUUCUCUUUUUUCCGCAUAGCUAUGUAUUUCAGGUUUGAUUGCAAUCAUGUCAAAUUGCUUUUCCUCUUUUUUUGAGGGGCCAGACUCAUGCUGAGUAAACUAAAUAAAUUUGGGGGUAGGACUGCAUUGAAGUGUAAGGGAAGCAUUCAGAAAUGCUAUCUGUUUAGUUAGGAAAUUGACUCCUGAGCUUGGAUUGUGAAAAUAUUGGCACCCAUCUGCGCUUGUAUAUCUUGGAGUCGGUGGGAAGAGACGCAUGGCCAUUUUCCAUUUUUCCGCCCCUCUUUUCUUGACGCUGUCCCUUUCUGAAAAAACAGCAAAACCCAAAGUGAUCCCUAGAACGUUGUAAAAAACUCCAGAGAAACCAUCCUGAAAAAGAAAAAAACCCGAACCCAAACGUCCAAAAUCAAUGUUGCAGUUCAAUUUUUGGCUGUGAUUCAAAGCGGAGAGUGGGGUGGGUGGUGCCUUGGAUUAAACUGGGCUUGACCCAGUUUUUGUCGCGUUCGUAACGAGAACCCCACUCCUGUUCCAAAAAGGCGAAUGUCUUGUCUCUUUCUUUUCCUCCUUAACCCUCUUUUUCCUAUAUUUUUUCAUGCAUGAGUCUUAACCUUGUCAAUAUGCUCACGCCUCAUGGAGUGCAAAGGAAAAAAAAACCCAAAUGGCAUCCCCUUCCUAACUGCAGUUGCUCAAAACGAACCUUUUUAUUUUUCAAAGACAUUAAAAAGGAAUUGACACAUUUAAGAAAA